UUAGUAAGAAACAAUGUAAAAAUUCUACGGUCGAGCAGAAAUGUAGUUUAAGAGAUCAUGUACGAUCAUGUUUUUCAAAAGCCUUUCUGAUACGCUACUGGUCAAAAUGGUAAACCAAAUACUAUUAAUUUUGUUACCUCAUCAAGUAGAUAUUUGAUGGUUAAAGUUUCUGUAUACUUUUCAACAUUCAUUGUCUAUCUUAGUUUAUCUUUGUGAAAAGAAUAGAUUUUCUGAUGAAUUGACACCAAGAACAGUGGAGCAGCCAGUGGGACUUUCAUUAAAUGAUGAAGGAAUCACACAAGGAAAGGUUUUUCAUCUCCUUUCUUCUUGCUCCCCACCACAUUAGUGCUUCCUCUCUCACAUUUACAAGGUUAGACUCUCUAAUUUUACAAUGGUCGAAAUUCCUAGUUUGUUUACCGCAGUCAUAGUUUUCUGAUCUACAUCUUUAGAGAGAGAGAGUGGCCAUUAGUGUAAAUGUGUUUGCAUAAAACUUUUGAUGCUUCCACAGGGAGAAUUUUGCCAUUUGCAGAGCAAUCACUAAUUGAAUUAAGAACAAGUCUAAGCUAAUGACAUCAUAGACAACCAAUUAAUUACUUGCAACUACUUUGCAUUUUCCAUUUUUUCUAUAAUUAGGAUCUAUAAAUCAUUAAGAUUUUUUGCUCUUAAGUUUCUUCAAAUACCAUCAAUCCUCUAUGUCUGAUUUACUUUUCCCAUUAUAGUGCCAGCUUCCACUUCUUCACCGUCAUUUAACAGCAUUUACUAUUGUGGAGUUCUUGAAAAAGCUAACAAAAAUGUGAAAUACUCGAAAAGAAAUCAAUAAACACGUUUUCAUAAAGCAGUAUAACUUAGUAGGGUAACUAGUUAUAGAGAGUAACUAUAAGAACUUGGUAGCUUUCAAGAAACCAGACCUUAAUAGGAUAACCUGUAGUAAGAAACCUUGAGCAUCUUCUUGACCCUAGUUUAAGCACCUUUAGUGAGGAUUCUUUUACAUUUUAUACAUAGUUUUUAAGAUGAGUUUUGAGCCAGGAAACCGAUGGAGACUGUCGAUAGCGAACUUUGAUACGAGAAAAAUGUGGAAAAUUAACAAGAAUGGUUUCAAUGUCAAAACUGUUCAAGGACCACAGAGUUAGUUUGUUUAAGGCUAAUGAGGAGAAGAAAAAACAUUCUUCUCUAUGACAUUAUCCUAAGUUGCAAGUUUAUCAAAAUGAGGGCUAUUGAUAGAUGUUGACCUUAAAAUUUACUCCAGGUUCUGAAAUUAACUGUUUUACCUUGUGUUGAGAGGUACAAUUCCAAGGUAAGGAUGGCCACUUUUUGGGUGCUCUGUUGAGUCUUUAAAAGGAAAUCAAGGUGUUGGAACCACAAAGGUAAUAAUAUCUCUCGACCCCAUCUAAUUGAAUGCCAAUCCAUGUCAGAGACCGGGAAAAGGGGCGCUUACAGAACCUAAACAGAGACAUCUUCUGUUGUGUUUCUCCCUCUAUAUAUCAGAGUGACGCCAAGGGAGCAGCUUUUGUGAUUAUAGUGAUCAUGAUCAUCUAAUGAUAGCUAUUCCAUACACUACACAUUGAAUCAGAGUGAAGCUUCUUCUUCAGUAGUGUUCUAACUGUGUGGCAGAUAAUGGGUCGAUCACCGUGUUGUGAUAAAGCCGGGUUGAAGAAAGGGCCCUGGACACCAGAAGAGGAUCAGAAACUGUUGGCUUAUAUUGAAGAACAUGGCCAUGGAAGCUGGCGUUCUUUGCCGGAGAAAGCCGGUCUCCAAAGGUGCGGAAAGAGUUGCAGACUCAGAUGGACUAACUACCUAAGACCUGACAUUAAGAGAGGCAAAUUCACGGUACAAGAAGAACAAACCAUCAUUCAACUCCACGCUCUCCUCGGAAACAGGUGGUCAGCGAUUGCAACUCACUUACCAAAAAGGACAGACAACGAGAUCAAGAACUACUGGAACACACACUUGAAGAAACGUCUGCUUAAAAUGGGGAUCGAUCCAGUGACUCACAAGCACAAAAACGAGACCCUCUCGUCUUCCACAGGUCAAUCCAAGAACGCAGCCACGCUUAGCCAUAUGGCUCAAUGGGAGAGUGCUAGGCUCGAAGCUGAAGCAAGACUAGCUAGAGAAUCAAAGCUUCUCCAUUUGCAGCAUUACCAAAACAAUAACCUUAACAAAUCAGGUCCUCAACAUUGCUUCACUCACAAAACAUCAACAAAUUGGACUAAACCAAACGAAGGAAGUGGAGAUCAACAGCUUGAAUCUCCGACAUCGACGGUGACAUUCUCCGAGAAUCUUCCUCUGAUGAUCAUGCCUUUAGGAAUUCCAACGGACAACAGAAAUAGAAACAAUAACAAUGAAUCCUCUGAGCUUCCGGCGAUGAUUGAAUUCGCCGUAUCUUCCUCGACCUCCUCCGAUGUGAGUCUGGUCAAAGAACACGAACACGACUGGAUUAGGCAAAUCAACUGUCCUUGUCCUACGGAAGGAAUAGGAGAAGGAUUCACGAGCCUUCUCCUCGGUGAUUCAGUCGGCCGGAGUUUAUCCACCGGAAAAGGCGAAGCGACGGCCUCCUCCGUCGCCGGAGCUGGGGUGGUCAGCGAGAGUGAGUAUAACUACUAUGAGGAUAACAAGAACUACUGGAAUAGCAUUCUCAACUUGGUUGAUUCUUCACCGUCCGAUUCCCAAGCGAUGUUCUGAUCUAAGGGUCUACAGUGAUUUGAUUUCUCCAUAAAAAAAUACUUGUCAUCUCAGAUUGUUUUUUUUUUCUUUUUUGGGCUUUUUUUUAUAUAAUGUCGAUAGCUUUCUUUUCCAAUA